AUGCAUGUUGAUGCUAAUGCUAAUGCUAAUGCCAAUGCUGAUGCUAUCCAGUCGACUACUGCAGGAGGACGAGGCAACGACAACGACGACGACGACGACGACGAGGAUGAGGAUGAGGGAGAGAUGCACACCGCUCACAUCAGAGUGGGCAUCUCACCUGCUGCCCCUGCUGCGGCGGUGGUGGUGCUACAGGGAGGAGGCGGUACAGUCCAGGAACAGGGACAGGGACAGUCGUCGUCGUCGUCGUGCCAUCGAAAAGUCAUGGUACCGAGCUUUCCACGAAGUCGAAACCUCCCAAGAAAACAAAAAAAAAUAGGCGUGUUUCAGGGCUUCACACGCGAAACCGCGCGCGACCCGGCCCAAGGAAAGAAGAGGCCAGGCCAGGCCGUUCGCGCGCGCAAUGGACAUGGUCGCAACACGCCCACAAGUGUCUCCAAAUCGAUCAUCGCCCGGUCUUCUUCUUCUUCUUCUUCCCACAGUCGCAUCCUUACCUAA